GACUCUCUUACCCCUUACUUGUAUACUCUUUGGUCUCUCUAAUCUGUGAAAGCAAUUAAUUGUCAUAUAGUGUCGUGGAAUAUUUAAAAUUAUAUAAUAUUAUAAUUACAGUAAUUUCCAUUGUAAUUCAUAUUACAAAAUCAAAUUUUGGUCUAUAAAUUUGAUGUGACGAUAUCUACUUUUCAAGAUAAAAAUGUCAAACUCACAAAAAAUCUUCGACUAUAGUGAUGAAUCUCAAGCAGAUAGAUUAGCCAGGAAAUCCAAGGACUCGCCGUUUAUGAUAAUAGGAAUAUUGGGAUUAAUAGGAGUUUGUGGUUAUGGUUUUUACCAAUAUAAACACAAAGGAAAAAUGAGUACCAGCGUCUUCCUAAUGCAACUACGUGUCGCCGCUCAAGGAACUGUUGUUACAGCUCUAACUGUUGGUUUAGCUUACAACUUAGCAAAAGAACACUUAUUCAAGGAGAAAAAAGAAUAAAGGGAAAGUACCUAUAGUUCAAUUAUUUAAGGAAACUAUAAAACAGUAAAAAAGUGCAAAUAAUCCUAUGUGAACACAAAAUCUCAAUAGUAAUCUCUCACACACUUAUAUAUAAUCAAUAUUGGUAAUGCCUGAUACAUACAAUAAUGCCUCCACAUCUGUAGAUAUGUUGUUACACCAUCUCCCACCAUUAAUUUUAUAAGAAGUUAAUAAAUUUAAAUUUACCUAAUGUAAAAUUUAAGCAACAACUGUAACAGAUAGAGACAUUAGUGUAUUAAAGUUUCCUUAAUUUAUAUGUUAGUAUAGCUUAGGAACUAAUUUAUGUUCUGUGAUUUAGCUGCUACUACAUGUAUAACAUGUGUGUACAUAUGUGAUCAUGUUUUAUUUAUUUCAUUAUUAGACCUAAGUAAUAAUAUCACUGAAACAAAAUUCACAUAUUGUAUGAAUAUGUAUAGGCAAACUGUAAUAAGCUCUACUCCGAGUACCUAUUAUAAAUGUAUCAAGGUCAUUUGUACAAUGAAGUAUUACAAACAAAUAUACAGUGUAACUCAUGGUGUUGUAAAUGUUUAUGUGUAUGUUUGUAAUAAAAAUAGUUGCAUUAAAAUUUUAUUGUUAAAUAAUUGAAGUGUUCACUAAUUUUUGUGGCUAAUUGUACUUCUAUUUCUUUUACAUUCAAUGAUAUUCAAUGUAAAAUACCAUUUAUGAUAUACCUUAUCAAAAAUGGUAAUUUAGUGUACAUAAUUAUUUACAUUACUUUUCAUAUUGAAUUCUACAAUAGAGAAUGGAGAGAUAACAACAAUACCUAUUUUUAUUUUUUGACCUGUAAACAGGACUAGAAGAAAUUUUAAUAUUUUAAAAUGUGAUAUAUUCAUAUUCCGUUUGAAAAUAUAAAUAAAGAGCUAUUGUCUAAA